CCCGGCCAGACCGUCGGCGUCGACAUGGAGUGGCGCCCCUCGUUCAGCACCAUCGGAGGGAAGCCGCGGGUCUCGGUGGUUCAGCUGGCGAUUUGGGGCCGCGUCUUCCUCUUGGACAUGUUCCGGCUGCUCCAGGAGGGGGGAGAGGAGGUGCAGGCCUCUCUCUGCGGCUUCUUCCAGAGCCUCCUGGGCAACCCAGCCAUCUUGAAACUAGGUUACGGGAUGUCGGGAGACCUGCGUAACCUCAUGGCAACCUGUGGCAUUUCCAGAGAUGCGAACCUGCAGCUCUGUGGAAUUCUGGACCUCCAGCUGGUGCACCAAAAGUUGCCUAAGCGCUCCAAGAAGAGCUGCCAGCCAGCACCGGACCCCUGCCCGGCAAAGGAGAAGGCCUGGGGAGGCAGGCUCCCUGAGAAGGGGCUCAGCCUACUGGUGCAGGAGGUCCUGGGCAGGCCCCUCAACAAGACGGAGCAGCUGUCCAACUGGGAGAAGAGGCCCCUUCGGGAGACACAAAUCCUUUACGCAGCCUGUGAUGCCUAUUGCUUGCUGGAGGUGCACGCCGAGUUGCUGAAAGACCCGGCUGCCUUCGGCCUGAGCUCCGAUAUGGAGGCGAUGAUGAGGAAAGACGGCCAUCCCGGAGCGAAAGCCAAGAAGCCACCGAGGAGGGAGCAGGGACAGCCCCCCACGCGCAAGGAGAUCCCAGCGCCCGUCCCGGCAGACGCCCCCAGCCCUUCAGCCGGCAUCCUGGCACAAGACUUCCGCGUGGUCUGUGACAACAUGUUACAGGGCCUGGGACGAUCCCUGCGCUGCCUCGGGGUGGAUGUCCGGAUCCUGGGGAACGACGAUGAGCACCGGAAGGCUGCUGAGAUUGCCAGGGAAGAGAACCGAGUGAUUUUAACGUCCGGCCUUCCAUUUCAUUCGCUGCGGUCCCAAGUGGGCGAAGGCCGCUGUUUCUCGGUGAGCUGCUCAGAGAAAGCCAGGGAUCAAGUCCUGCAGGUCGUGAAGCACUUCAACGUCCGGGUGGCCUUGGCCGAUGUUUUCAGCCGCUGCCAGGCCUGCAACUGCAGCCAGUACGUGAAGGUCUCCAAGGAGAGGAUGGGGCUGCUGAGGAAGCGGAGUGGCGGCUGGACAGGGCAGGAGGACGCAGAGGCCUGUUUGGGAGAUCCUGGCCCCUUCGCCGCCACCGCCACUCCGGAGCCCCAGAGUUGCAGCCCAGGCUGGCAGACCCCGGAAGCGGCAGGCCCGGAGCUGCUGCUGCCGCCGGGCGUCCGCCUGAGAGUCGAGGCCGUUCCGCCCGGGGUGCUGUGCAAGGAGGACCUGGACUGCUUCUACUGCUGCAGUCAGUGCGGCCAGGUGUUCUGGGAGGGCUCUCACCUGGGCCGCCUGGUCUCCCAGUUUAGGGAGGUGCUGGAGCUGCCGGAAGAGAGCUGAAGCGGCGCUUGUCCGUGGGGUCUGCGCAGGAAUGGGGGGGGGGGUGA